AUGAUGACCGUGUCAAACAUCACCGUGGCGCAGUCGCUCGCGUUGAGGCACAGCUUGAGGUCCUCCACCUUGGUCGAUCCGGCAGAAUUCUUUUUUCUCGAGCUGCUGGCGGAGGUCGAGGCGGAGAAGCGCGCCAAGGGCAAGAAGGGCAAGAAGAAGAAGAAGGGCGGCGGGAGCGGCGGGGCUGGGCCGUCGCAGGAGUCCGAGGCGCCGGCAGAGGCAGCCGCAGCCAAGCCCGCGCCGUUGGACAGGGAGGGGCUGCUCCGGCUUCUCGCGGAGCUCCACGAGGACAGGAUCCGGUUCGGCAUCACGCCGGAGACGUCGGUCGAGGGGGCGAAGGCGCGGGAGGCGGCCUAG